UUUCCGCCAAAAAGUUCGGGGCGCGGGUUUGGAAAGAAGGAUGUAAAACUGGAAGCGGUGGAGGAGGUGAUGCCCUUCUUUGCCAGUUGUGUUUAGUUAACCACGGAGGCAAACACUAAGCCUUUUCUUUGAUUCUCUCUGCAACGUGUCACUGCCUUCCACUUCAGUAUUUCCCCGAGCAUCCUCAGAAGACCAAAGCCUGGCGUGUUGGAAGCGAGGAAGCCGAUUCUAAUCCGGCAAAACUCGAGAAGCUCUCGCGCUGCGUGAACGGCGCGAUUUCCCCGGAUGCCUGGUGCUCUCGACACUGUGGGUAGCUGCUGUCUGCAAUUUGGAAAGAAAACCUAUCGUUUUCAGCGUCUUGAAGAACUCAGCAGGAAAAAAAAAAUGCCUAUUUUUCCUAAAAUAUCUUUAAGACCUGAGGUUGAAAACUAUCUGAAAGAGGGCUUUAUGAAUAAGGAGGCUGUGUCUGCUUCAGGCAAAGAAACAGCAGAAAAGAAGUUUGAAACUCUGUUAAAUCGCCUGUCACACCCUCCAUCAUUCACAACUGUUAGAGUGAAUACACAUUUAGCCUCAGUUCAGCAUGUGAAAACUCUGUUGCUUGAUGAAUUUCAGAAGCAGUUUAAUGGACUAAGUGUUCCUGUUCUUCAGCAUCCAGACCUUCCGGAUGUCUUACUUAUUCCUGUGAUUGGACCUAGAAAGAACAUAGAAAAGCGGCCGUGUGAAGCCGUGGUCGGAGCCCAGUGUGGCAACGCGGUGUUAAGAGGAGCCCAUGUCUAUGUUCCAGGAAUUGUGUCAGCGUCAAGCUUUAUGAAAGCUGGAGAUGUUGUUUCUGUAUACUCUGAUAUUAACGGGAAAUGUAAGAAAGGAGCCAGAGAGUUUGAUGGAACCAAAGUAUUUCUUGGAAAUGGGAUUUCUGCACUAAGCCGCAAAGAGAUCUUCAGUGGACUGUCCGAACUAAAAGGUAUAGGCGUAAGAAUGACGGAACCAAUAUAUCUGAGCCCCUCGUUUGACAAUGUACUGCCCAGUUACUUAUUUUUACAAAAUUUACCAUCUGCUGUAGUAACUCGUGUUCUGAAUCCUCAACCCGGAGAGAAGAUUCUAGAUAUGUGUGCAGCACCUGGAGGUAAAACAACACAUAUUGCAGCACUAAUGCAUGACCAGGGAGAAGUGAUAGCCCUGGAUAAAAUAUCCAGCAAAGUAGAAAAAAUAAAGCAGAAUGCUUCAUUGUUAGGAUUGAAUUCCAUCAAAGCAUUUUGCUUUGAUGGAACAAAGGCCCUUAAACUUGAUAUGAUUGUGGAUGCAGAAGGGGCCCCUCCGUUCUCACCAGAAUCUUUUGACCGAAUUCUCCUUGAUGCACCCUGCAGCGGAAUGGGACAGAGACCAAACAUGGCUUAUACCUGGACUUUGAGGGAAGUGAUGUCAUAUCAACCACUGCAGCGAAAGCUCUUCUCUGUGGCAGUCCAGCUGCUGAAGCCAGGAGGCCUGCUGGUCUACAGCACGUGCACCAUAACCCUGGCAGAAAACGAAGAGCAGGUUGCCUGGGCCCUCGGCACAUUUCCUUGCCUUCGGCUUCAGCCCCAGGAACCACAAAUUGGAGGAGAAGGGAUGCUGGGAGCUGGCUUAUCACUUGAACAAUUGAGACAACUGCAGCGGUUCGAUCCAUCUACUGUGCCAUCACAGGACACGGACCUAGACGCUCUCAGAGACGCCAGCGCGGAAGACAUGAUCCGGCUGGCGAAUAAGGAUUGCAUAGGUUUUUUUAUUGCAAAAUUUCUAAAAUGGAAAAGCACACCAGAGAAGGAUCUGCAGAAAUGAAGAUUCCACAACUUUGUUCUCUGUUCUGUUCCUUCCACGACCCUUAAACCAAAGUGUCGUCAGGCCAACUUGUGAUGGCAUGGUUGCUAAGGAAACAGGAGGCUGCCUGUGGUUUCACCAGUGAUCAGAGAGAGGAAUUGUGUGUAAGGGCGGGGGUUGUGAAAUUACAUUCGGGAUAAACUAAUUCAGUAGAGUAUAAAGAAAAGGGGCUACUUAUGGAUACCUGUAACAUUUUUACUUGGGGUACUGUUUUAAUUUAUAAAGAAUAAUAUUUUCAUAUUAAAAAUUAGUAUUUAAUAUGGUUACAGAAAGUUGUUUUCUGUUCCUAAGUCUCUUAAGAACUAGGGGCCUGGGAAGUAUAAUAUUUACCGCGUGCCAAUAACUGAGGUAAGUUUUGUACUUGACUGUUUAUUGUAUGUUACCCCUCUUUUAAAUGAAGUCUGGACCUCUUCUAAAUGAGAGUCUUGAAACCAGAAAGUUGAAUAUUUUCCUUAAUUGUAGAUAAAUGAAAGUGAAAAUCUUCUACUUUUGGGUGCUUUUUAGCCUAUGGUAGAAUGCCUGUGCAAGUUUUUAGAUAAUGCUCAGUGAGAAUGAGAAAAAGCAGCUUCUGCCGACUCAGAACUGUCCUGGCACUCACAGCUGGCCUUGGUGUUAAAGUUUCUCAGAGCACCAGCCUCAGACACGAUGACUGUGUGUCUAUGAGAGUUAAAAAAAUCCACUUUUAAUCAAAUCUAAACUCAGACAAAAUGGGAACAUCAUCCAAGCCACAAACAGGGCCAAGCAUCUCUCUAUGGUAGACAGUGUGUCUGCUUUUAAAAAAAUUAAUUGUAGCCUUGGGUUCAUUCAUCCGUUCUGCCUGCUUUUUAGGUAAGAUCUGUUAAAAUACCUAAUACACUUGCAGAUUAAAGACUAAACGUAUCAAA